UGGUGAUGAGACUGGAGGCGGUGGAAGUGCAGUUAUGGAGGAGAAUGAUGAUAAUACCAAGGACUACAAGAAGGGCAAAUGAAAUAAUGUUGGAGAUGAUGAGAGAAGAGAGAAUUCAUAAGGCAAUGAGAGGAAGAUAGGUUAAGUAUCUUUUAACUAGAAAGAAGAACAAUGAAAAUUACGUCAUUAUUAGAAUAUUGAAAAAAAAGCAAAAGAAGAGGAAUACCAAAAGUAACAUAGGACUAGUGAUGUUGGCAUGAAGAGGAAUGACUCAUUAUCAAGUAUUUGUGUUCUUGCAGGAUGGUCGUCGUGAGCGGCGUCAGUCUCAUGAAAGAAGUGUUUGCCCUCAGAAGCACGACUGAUCGUCCGGAUAUCUUCUUCACUACUAUCAGGAACAGAAUAAUCACGGAAGGUCGUUCUCUAGAAGCCGGUAUCAUUGGGAACUCUGGUCAGGUAUGGCAGGAGCAGCGUCGCUUCAUGCUUCACCACCUGCGAGACUUGGGUUUCGGCAAGAGUAGUUACGAGCCCGUCAUGGUGGAGGAGAUCACAGAAUUGAUGGAACUCAUCACCAAGAAAGAAGGUCGCCCUUUGGAUAUGCGGCACCUCUUCAAGCGCUCUGUGAUCAACAUCCUGUGGGCGAUGGUAAUGGGACGGCGCUACCACUACGGCGAUGCCAAGCUCAACAAAUUGAUCGCGAACUUCGGUCAGCCCGCAGACUUCAACGCCCUCACCCCCGCGUAUCACAUACCACACUUGUUCAAAUUCAUGGAGUAUCUCCCUCGACACCGCUCUGGCUACAAGUUCGUGAUGAGACUGAGCGAUUUCCUGAAGGCAGAGAUAAAGGAAUUCAUGGACGACGAAGAACUGAGGAACGGCGAUAACUUCACGGCACUUUUCCUGAAGGAGAUUGAGAAAAAAGAAAGUCCAAACUUCAACAUGGACCAGCUGACGGCCAUGAUCUUUGACUUGUUUGUGGCUGGCAUGGAAACCACCUCAAGUACCCUCACUGCAGGUGUCAAUCUGAUAAGUAAGCACCCUGAAGUGCAGCGCCGCAUGCAGGCAGAGCUGGACGAAGUUGUAGGCAGGGAACGCUUCCCAACCUGCACUGACAUGGAACGGUUGCCGUAUGUGCAGGCCACCAUUAGUGAAGUACAGAGGGUGAUGAAUUUAAUUAAGUAUUCCCUCCCACAUCAAACCAAUGAGGACUGUAAAAUUGGCGGCUACGACAUCCCUAAAGGAACGUGGCUACUCACCAACCUGGAUGACGCUCUCAGGAGUUCUGAAUACUGGAAGAACGCUAGUGAGUUCGAUCCUCAGAACUUCCUUGACGAACAUGAAAACUACAAGAAGAACAACGCCUUCAUGCCCUUCGGAGUUGGUAA